AACUUAUACAGACCAGGCAAAAAUGAUACAAAAUUCUACAGGCUUCGCAGAAGCUUUUGCGCAAGGCAGUUACACCCAAAUGGAAGUUGUGGACAUAGUUCACUUCUGCCUCCUCCACAUUCAGCUCUACGCCGAAUAUGUCACCCAGAGCCUGCGGCCCACAACAAGGCAGUACUCGUUAGAUGACGGCACGAGAGUCAACGCUCCGGACUCAGCUAUGUGGGCGAAUCUCUGGAAGGCGACGGGCAUUGCUCUACGUGCGUACUUGAAUAUGGAGAGACAGCAUGCCAUACACGGAAGAUGGCACUAUCAUCGCCCUAUACUUCUCACUCCGGUUGAGCUACUUGCCAAGGACCAACAGCUUGCGGGGGAUUGCCUCGAGAUCAUGGGGUCUAUCGAGCGCGGCGGCAACAAAGCUCUCCAGAGUCUAUCCGUGGGCGAGCCAGUCUUCCCGGAUGACCUUAUCGCCAUACUCGGGCACUUCAUUCUGGCCGAGAACAUCCCCAGAUAUCCGAGGCUUGCAAGACUCCUCCAAGAGCAGGAGUCACGGUGGUCAGCACUGGCAGCAUCCGUCUCCGAUCUUGCAAACGAAGCGCCGCCAACACAUGCCACCGAGUUCCGACCUGAUCCUCUCCACCAUCAGUCCAGAAGAGGUUCUUUUAGGAGCGACAGUCAGGAGGGCCGCCCGGCGUCGCCGUUUGUGGUACCGCCAGCGAUGUCAGAGGGCAGCGGGUGGGCGGAGACGACACAGGAAGAUGGUCGCGGAGACGUGCAGGACGGACAUGGAGAUAGCGAUGAUACCACUGCAAGUACCGAAGGACACUUGCACGAGCCUGGCGGUGGUAUAGGCGAUGGCGACACUCAUAUUCAUGAAGGGGACGCUGACGUUGAGGAUAGCACUAGCCUGAUAGGCGGAGGCGGGGUCGAAGGUCACGGCAGGAGCGUCAGUGGACACGAGCAGCCAGAUCAAGGUAGGCCUGAGGGAGACAACGAAGGUGGUGAGAGAUCUGGCGAGUAGAUGCAGGUCGCGAAAAGCUUCGGAGUACACGUAAUGUUUGAUACCCCCAAAUCAGCUACUGUCCUGACGAUCGUUUAUGAGCUUCCUGCACCUUCAGAGUCGGUCAUAAAUCUCACGUCUGCGUCGCCGCGAUGCCUCGAGUCUUGAUGACUUGUCCAACAAUAUUGUCCAUGAUUCAUGGCCGGACAGCCGUGCAGCUGACUCUAGCCAUCUUGCGAGCGUCAGGCAGCCUGCGCAGAGACAGUGACAGGUCUGUGCCGUCACUAGCUAGCACGAGGCUCUCAAAUUGGACUUUG